AUGCGAAGAACAGUUGAGCAGUGUCCUACCGAUGUCGUUUUAGCACUGUCUGCUUGUCCUUUAGUAGAUCUCGAGUACGCCAAUGAUGUAGUAAUAUUCGCUGCUAGCAGCACGAAGUUACGAGAUGUUGACAUUGUAUUAAUGUUAGCUGCAGCUUGCGAACUGCGACUCCGCUACGACAAGACCAACUUCGAUACAAGGCUGAAAACAUGUCUAAACGAUGAUGUGCAUCGUGCUGGUGUUCGAACUACAGUAGUUGUUCGUGUGCGUCGCAAGGACAGCUUCGAUGAGUCAAAAGCAGGUCAGAAUCUCCGACUUGGUCGGUGGUUGCUUGUUAACCGCAUAUGUCGGUCUAUGCCGUUGCUGACGCUUGUCGGUUCAGCAAAGCUUUGA